CACGUGGUGAAGUGCAGAAGCCCCAUUCACUGCAGGUUAUUUAGAUCAGAGCACAAACUAGUUUCAGUUCUAGGAAAGUGAAACUCACACAGUUGUUGCCACUGAGAGGUGAAAUGGCGCAGAAAGGAGUUCAGCUGGACUGUGAAGCCUUCUCUUGUUCGAUCUGUCUGGAUCUACUGAGGGAUCCGGUGGCUAUUCCCUGUGGACACAGCUACUGCAUGAACUGUAUUCAAAGCUUCUGGGAUGGAAAGGAUGAGAAGAAAAGCCACAGCUGCCCUCAGUGCAGGCAGACAUUCACACCAAGGGCUGUCCUGGUGAAAAACAUCAUGUUAGCAGUUUUAGUGGAGGAACUAAAGAAGACUGGACUCCAAGCUGCUCCUGCUGGUCACUGCUAUGCUGGACCUGAAGAUGCGGCCUGUGAUAUCUGCACUGGGAGAAAACUGAAAGCCCUCAAGUCCUGUCGGGUGUGUCUGGCCUCUUACUGUGAGAAACAUCUCCAGCCUCAUUAUGAAUCUUCCACAUUUGAGAAACACAAGCUGGUCGACGCCUCCAAAAGGCUUCGGGAGAACAUGUGCUCUCGUCACGAUGAGGUGAUGAAGAUGUUCUGCCAUACUGAUCAGCAGUGUAUAUGUUACCUCUGCUCUGUGGUUGAACAUAAAGGCCACGACAUGGUCUCAGCUGCAGCAGAAAGGACUGAAAGACAGAGAGAGCUCGAGGCGAGUCAACAAAACAUCCAGCAGAGAAUCCAGGACAGAGAGAAAGAUGUGACGCUGCUUCAACAGGAGGUGGAGGCUAUCAAUCGCUCUGCUGAUAAAGCAGCGGAGGACAGUGACAAGAUCUUCACUGAGCUGAUCCGUGUCAUGGAGAAAAGAAGCUCUGAUGUGAAGCAGCAGGUCAGAUCCCAGCAGACAUUGGAAGUGACUCGAGUUAAAGAGCUUCAGGAGAAGUUGGAGCAGGAGAUCGCUGAGCUGCAGCGGAAAGACAUUGAGCUGAAGCAAUUCUCACACACGGAGGAUCACAUCGAGUUUCUUCACAACUCCCCAUCACUGUCCCUCGGUGAAUCUACACACUCAUCCAGCUCCAAUGUCCGUCCUCUGCGCUACUUUGAGGAUGUGACCGCCGCUGUGUCAGAAGUCAGAGAUAAACUACAAGACGUUCUGAGUGAGACAUGGACAAACCAUUUACUAACGGUGAGGGAUGUAGAUGUGUUACUGCCUAAACCUCAGCCCAAGACCAGAGCUGAAUUCCUGAAAUAUUCAAGUAAAAUCACACUGGAUUCAAACACCGCAAACAUGUAUCUGUUAUUAUCUGAAGGGAACAGAAGAGCAACAUUCAUGAAACAGAAACAGUUUUAUUCUCGUCACCCAGACAGAUUCAUUGAAUCUUUUCAAGUCUUAAGUAGAGAGAGUCUGACUGGACGUUGUUACUGGGAGGUGGAGAUGAGAGGGACAGGAGGUAAAGUAGCAGUCGCAUACAAGGAUAUCAGUAGAGCGGGGACAUGGACUGAAUCUGCAUUUGGAUUCAAUAGCAAAUCUUGGGUAUUAACAUAUAACAAUAACACUUGUAGUUUUUGGUACAAUAAAGUCCAAACUCACAUCUCAGGUCCUCAGUUCUCCAGAGUAGGAGUGUACCUGGAUCACAGUGCAGGUAUUCUGUCCUUCUACCGCAUCUGUAAAACCAUGACUCUCCUCCACAGAGUCCAGACCACAUUCACUCAGCCUCUCUAUGCUGGACUUUGGCUUUACUCCUAUGAAGACACUGUAGAGUUCUGUAAACUCAAAUAGAGAGAAGUCAUUUAAGUGAAGGUGUUUCAUUUAAACUCAUCGUCUCGGUGUUCGUUGCUGAGAGCUGAUUGUUAUGAUAUUUCUUCACUGUUGAGAUCACCUGUCAAUCAAAAAUAAUUAUUUACAGUUCUUUUAAAUGUUUGAUUUACGUUAGUUGGCAUUCCUUCCUGUGUCUGUUUAGCCAUGGAGGCUAUGAUGUUUGUUCACCUGGACUAACAUUUCUCUAUAUGGAAAUGUAAACUCCUCUGUGCUUUAAAUGUUUAAUGAAUAUUUGUAUUCAUGUAUUUGUAUGUUGUUGUUUCAGUUCCAAUGUACGGGUCUUAAGAGAGAAAGCACCCGACCUUCCUUUACCGUAGACAUUUUGUUCUCACUACAUUAUAAAUGUGUAAAGAAAUCUAUAUUGACAUUUACAUUUAUUUGCUUGGCAGAUCCAAUGUUGUUGGUGUCGUCUUUAUUAUGAGGUAUAAUAAAACUUUAAUUAUGUUAAUAAUCAUAAGGAGAUUAUUCAUUAUUGUUUUUUACAUAGCUGAGAUUCUGUAUAAGCAAAUUGGUUGUGUGGCUGACACAUAAGACAACAGAUAGUGUUAGACAUUUUUACAUAUAGCCUCAACUCUAACAAAUAUUAUUUACAAUUGUAUUGUAAUGUUGAAACUCUUUAUCAUUCCCAUGUGCCUGCAUGCAGCAUCAGUGUAACAGGGUGUGACUGCUGUGAACAAACUGAUAUAGUUUGAUAAUACAUAUAUUUAAAUCACUCUUUACUGAUGUCGUUACAAGCUGCCAAAGGCUCACUGAAGUUUUCCUUCUGCAGUGAACAUCACAGCAGGUUAACAUGUGUAAUGUGAAGUUAGACUUAACUUAAUUAUUGUGUCA